AUGACUGCGGAAGGCUACGCACUAUCUUCUACGUACGUCCCCGGCUCUCAUGGUGGUCCCUCAGCCGCGUCGACCAGCAUGCAUCCGCCUGCACUAUUAAAGCCUUCGUAUCGUGGAUCUGUACAGGCGGGCUGGUAUCAGUCAGGCAAUUGUCGCUGCACGAAACCUGGCUGCGCGUUCGCGGGCUCGAAGAAGGCCGUCGAGAUACACAUGAUGGAUCGACACCUCAUAUAUCCUCCCGGGUGGGAUAAGAGGAAGAAGAAGGAUGACUGGGAUGCGGAUCCAAGUCUGAAAGGGAAACCAAUUCCCAUCCUAGGCACAACCGCCAAGCUCGAUACUCCGGAAGCUAUCGCAGCUUGGAUCGCCGAGCGCAGGAAGAGAUUUCCCACUGCUUCCCAUGUGGAGGAGAAACAGAGGAAACUUGAGGAGGCCGCUGCGCGUGGGCAACUGCAGCCUCAGGACAUCCGGUUCCCCAACAGAAAGAAACAGAGGCUCAAUGACGACGUGCAGGGCGGACAGUAUGGCGAACGCGCUCAGAUGAAUGGCAGAGGCCGUGGUCGUGGCCGCGGUCGGGGCAGAGGUGGAGAUGGAGGUCCAGGACGCGGCGGUGCCCCUCAGGAGCCUCGUAUUCCUCACUUGCUACCUCCAAAGCCGGUCCUAACCUCCGAUGCGCCCAGCAACGCAGCGAACUCUUCGGAAGCACGUACGACCGCUUCUUUGCCAGUCGUUUACGACUCUGAGAGCGAGUCUGAUUCGGGUUCUGACGCUGCGCCAGAAGUUGUGUCGUCAAAGGCGGCUCCGGAUGCACUUGAGGCACAGGACGCACCAGCACUUGCCGCCCUUCCAGACGACGUUCGACCAGUGAGGAAGCUGCCAGCCAAACAACCUCGGAAACCAGUAUACAACCCCUUUGCGGCACGACCGUCAUUACUUCGGAAUCUAACGACAAUGCAAACGUUAGCUGCUUACACCAGAAUCCAAAUGACUGUGUCGAACUUAUCCCAAGCCAUCCGCUUCCUCGUAGACAACGAUUUCCUGGAAAACGUGGAACUGAAGCCUGGGCAGGCUUCUGAAAAGAUGAUUGAAGUUAUCGAGACAUCCAAUGCUGAGCAACCAGGGGCCUCCGCGAUACAUCCACCCUCGGAGGGCGCGAGAGGAGACAGAACAUUCUGA